AUGAAAAAAAAAUUCGAGAACAACAUAGAGAAAGUGCUGAGGUGGAGGGCAGCUUUAUGUGAAGCAGCUAGUUUGUCUAGAUGGCAUUAUAAGGAUGGUUUUCCUGAAUAUCAGUUUAUCCGAGGAAUUAUUAGAGUGGUAUCAAGUACCAAACCAAAUCGCACAAAGUUAUUUGUUGCUAAAUACCCAAUUGGAAUAGAUUCUCGUGCAGAAGUUGUAGAAAAUCUUUUAGAUAUUAAGUCAAAUGAUGUUCGGGGGGUUGGAAUUCAUGGCCUUAGAGGAAUAGGAAAGACUACAACUGCAAAAGCUGUUUAUAAUAGAGUUGCUGAUCAAUUUGAAGGAAGUAGCUUCCUAAUGAAUGUAAGAGAAAAUUCAAGAACAGAUUGUAGCAUAAUCAAACUACAAGAGCAACUUCUUUCUGAGAUCUUAGGGAGCAUGGAGUGUAAGGUGCACAGUACAUCCAGAGGAAUCAAUGUGAUCAAAGAAAGACUUUCGUGUAAAAAGAUUCUUUUGAUUCUCGAUGAUGUGGAUAAAUUGGGCCAAAUAGAAAAUUUUCUUGGAAAAUGCGAUUGGCUUGCUAAUGGAAGUAGAGUUAUUAUAACCACAAGAGACAAACAUGUGCUAACCACUCUUGAAAAUUAUCCUUUAAUCUACAAGGUUGUGCAAUUGGAUUGACAUGAAGCUCUUCAACUCUUUAGUAAGUA